AUGGCGCCACUGGAUACUCGACAGAGCCACUCCCUGGUUCCUGGUAUCCCCCGCCUCCCCAAGCGACCUCCGAACACUCUAACCAAAGUCCAUAAGUCAAUUAAGCCUACAGUGCUCACUGAGCUAUUUGUCGGAACUGUCGGAAUAUUCAUAAUUGCAGUUCUGUUUUGGAAGCUUGGGGGAUUCAUCAGACGGUUCAAUCGAAACAAGGUGUUGAGAGCAGGCAAAAAUGCCAACACCCGAUACGCACGCACAUGGUAUGGUUGGGUCUCGCGGUCGACACAUGAGAGAAACAAAAGGGCAAUUCAUGAUUUCUUCAGUCGAAUUUGGAAUUCAAUGACGUGGAAAACAACCCGAGAUGACUAUACUUGGAUUUGGUGGGAUCCUGGCGAUGUGGAAAGGCAAAAGCACAACCGAGAACAGAAAAGAUUUCGUUGGAUACCGGAUUGUCUCCAGAGCUAUGAUGAUUUUCCGACUGCUGAUGAAAUCUGGAAUCCUUGUUUGCGACCUAAGUGUCAUGGAGCCUUGAAGGACAGUGUCUCAAUACCCCAACCCGUUCCAGCUCCGGGUUCUGUGCGGCAGCCGCAAGCGCAAGAGGCAAUAGGAUCAGUCGUGCAACGGGAACCCACAUUGGUCAAUAAUAAGCCAGAUAUCACUCGUUCAAUUCUAGAGGAAAUUCUCAGGGACCCAUUCCAGCCGAACGAUGGCAGUUCUGAUCACCAACUCUGGUUCAAUUCUCGCGAGAAUGCAGCAAGUCUAGCUACUAGGGUACCAACGCCGUUGCACCAGGUGCAAUCAUUACCAUGUCGACAGAGUCAAUCCUACCAAAUCCGAGGAUCGAUCCCGUGGUCGCAUGGUAAUGGGUCCCAAGCUAUCUCGCGUCAAAUCCAAUCUGCCGUGCAACAUGAAGGUGUUCGAUAUGAACUAGCGGAGCCCAGUAGCCCAACGCUCACUAAAGAACCUAUACCACUUCAUCGACAUGGUGAUCACCGCAGAUACCGUGGAUGGUCAGCACGAAUGCAGAUGGGGCCAAAAGAUGCAGUAUUUGACAACAUAGGGGAUUCAUCUGGCCCUCCCGGGACACCAAGGACCGAAUUGUUGGUCAGUUAUGUCUCGGACCCGAGCUGUUCCCUUCGUGGUCGCUUCAAGAGGCAGCGAAAUAGCACUGAAGGGCGGUUGCGUAUUUCGGAAGAUAGAACAUCGUUCACUUCCAGGGUCCUUAUUGGAAAUCAAGUUUUGUUCUCAAAUGAACAGUGCACAUAUACCAAAACCAUCCAAUGGAAUUCGGCCCCAGCAAGAAGUCAUUUCCGAGGAAAAGGGACCACUUCAAAAGCGAGACCAGCGUUGUCUGAUGAAUGGCGAUUCAUGUGUGAGCCAAAACAUUUUGCUCACUCCCGCCGUAAAGGGAAAAGGCCGGAAAUCGACGUUAUUCGAUGCUCUCCAGAUCAAAUACAGCUCAAAACGGGAUGCGCCGUCGAUGAUUUGAGUGAUUGGGAGGUCAGAAUGAUGGAGAGGCUGGAUCGAAAACUGUCAUGGCUCUUCAACGAAUUCACUCCAGGGCAAAAGCCCUACCAUUUUGCCUUGCUAGCCAACCACUGGCUAAAUAGAGAAACAUGGAUUGUUUACGAUCCUAUCUCCAGAGUUCCUGCCGAUGCACGUCGGGUCUGGGGAGAUCCACGAUUCAAUGUUCCUUAUCCACAACCAGAUUUCAGCCCCAGACCAAAGUACCCUGCGUCCAAACGGAAACGCGCGCAGACUCCUCGUAUCGACUCCUGGAGGGCCGCAGUGAAUAAGCGGCGCAAGAUAUCUGGCAUACGAGACGCCAUUCGCACUAUUACACUGUAUGAGGAGUCCGCUGAGGAACCGCCAGAUGGUCAUAUCGAUCCAGGCUGCUGGGCUUUGCCGAGACCGCCUCAAGGCUUUGAGAUGUCCACUGCACAGAAGAAUGCCUGGUAUGAAGGGGGAGCAGGCUGGCAAGAGAAACUUGAUGAUUGGCAGCAAGUCCACUGGGGAUAUCGUCUCCACAAAGCCAUCCACGAAGGCCGAGUCAAUCGGGGCAGAGUUAAGGAAGUAGCAGCUCAAGUCAACAAGUGCUGUCGGACUGCGUCCGGAAAAUUGAUUUCAGGCUAUGAUCUCGGAAAAAGAGCUCCAAACUUUCUCGUCUCAUGA